ACUGUCGUCGGGUCGAAUUUAGAUACAGUCGAAAUUGUCGUUAAUUUUGGCAUUGAUUUCAUUUAAGUGAAACACAAACAGAAAGUGAAAUUUGUUCUCGUAAUUAUAUGAUUAUUAGGUGCAUAUUAUGUAUACCUAAAAUCGAACGUUAACUCGGACCAGGAUAUACAUAUGUGACGCGCGCGUAAUAUCCCAUGUGUGUGCGGUUGGAAGUUUCACCUUGGCCUGCUUUUGAACUUUACUUUUUUUGCAUUGAAAAUUGUUUUUUUUUUUUCUGCGUACCUCAAAUUUCUCCUACUAACUAGCCUAUGUGCCGAUGAAGUAAUCGUUAGUUUCGUGCAGACUUUUCAUUGAUUACGUUGUAUUUACGGCUUUCGUCGAACAACAUUGAGGAAGAAAAUGCGAGUAGAAAAUUUAAAAAAGUCCUUGAUGGGCAUUAUUUUAUUGACUUUGGUGAUGUGUGCACCUUUUAGUGAAUCGGUUGAUCAACCAACGAAAUUCGACGAUGAACUUUUAAAGUGCUGUACAACUGGCGAGACACAUGCCGAACAACAUGGCAAUUGUAAAGGAUAUCAAAUGCCUGCCGUUGCCAAUGAAUUGAUAUCGUCGUGUUUUUUCUCAUCGGAAAUUUGUUGCAACGGAAAACUUCGAAUCGAACAGUGCAAAAUCGGUGUACAGGCUGCCAAAGAUGGCAAAGAUUGUCACGUCGAAGGUAAUCAUACUGGUACGGAAUUUUACAAGAAUUGUUGCGAAGCAUGUAAGGUAGGUUUAGUGGUCGGAUCAAUGCAAGAGGAGUGUUCGAUGGGCGUUUUAUAUGGCAUACCAUUUGAUGAUUCAUACAAUUAUUGCUGCAACGAAAUGAAAACGACAGACACUUUUGUACUGACCGAUGAUGAAAAUAUUUGCACAAAAUUCCAAAAUCUUUGCUCCCAGAUAUGUGAAGCAACCGAUGACUCUUAUGUGUGCAAAUGUGAAAGUGGUUAUAAAUUGGCGGAUGACAAAAAAACAUGCAUCAAUGAAAAUGACGAUGAUGACUCAUCGCCUGAAAAAUCAAACGAAGUACCUGUUAAUGCAACAGAUGAUUGUCCGGUGGGUUAUACGAAGAAUGAACUGAGUGGCAAAUGCGAGGAUGUAAAUGAAUGUGAAGGGCCCGAUUUUAGCUGUGAAAAUGAUCAAGUUUGUUACAAUGUGCCAGGAAGCUACAAGUGCUUGGAUGUUUUACCAGUUACACCGUGUCCAAAUGGUUUCAAAUUUGAGCCAAAAAUCAAACAGUGCAUUGAUAUCAAUGAAUGCGAGCUUAGCAUUGGUAAAUGCCCUGGAAAUAAAGAAUGCAUUAACAUUCCUGGAGGAUAUGAUUGUGGUGAGAAAAAGAUCUUAUCUCAUCAAGCUGAAUCACUGCCAUUUUCACCACAGAAAAAGAAUUUAACAUGUUCGAAGGGAUACAGACAACAUUUCGAUAAAUGCGUCGAUAUCGAUGAGUGCACGGUGGACAAAACAGCUUGUGAUAGUAAUCAGAACUGCAUAAAUACGUUGGGUUCAUUUAGAUGUGAAUGUAAAAUAGGGUUCACAAUGGACAAAGUGGUGAAUGCAUGUGUUGACAUAAACGAAUGCCAAAUCAACAAUCACGACUGUUUAGAUACACAGCGUUGCGACAAUACUAUUGGAUCGUAUACCUGUAUUAGAUUACAGAGCUGUGGCACUGGGUAUACUUUGAAUGCUGAAACUGGCAAUUGUGAUGACGAUGAUGAAUGUUCUCUCGGCCGCCAUAACUGCAUAAAACCGUACGAAUGCCGCAAUACCAAAGGAUCGUUCCGAUGUGAAAAACCACGUUACACAACGACAACCACAACAACCACUACGACGACAACAACCAAACGACCUUACGUUCAUACCCAGUAUUAUCCACAGUACACUCAAUCAUAUAGCAACCGAUACAGUGCUUGGCCAUCAACACCAAAUCCACGAAAUGUCGAUCUUGACCAACGACUCGGCCCAUGUAUGGAUGGAUUCCAACGAAAUAAUCAAGGCGCCUGCUCUGAUAUCGAUGAGUGUGCACAACAGAAUCCGUGUCGUCGCAAUCAAAGAUGCAUCAAUACAAAUGGAUCGUAUCGAUGUCAAUCGCUUCUGCAGUGCUCUGGAGGAUACACAUCAAAUGAUGAGGGAACUCAGUGCAUUGACAUCGAUGAAUGUCAGCAAGGCACGGCACACUGUGGCCCAGACGAGAUUUGCAAAAAUAAACCGGGUGGAUAUACAUGCGCUUGCCCUGCAGGUCACGCUUUGAAUGCACAAAGACGAUGCGAAGAUAUCAACGAAUGCGAAUUUUACAAAGGACAGGUUUGUGCCAGCAACGCGAACUGCGUAAACACAGUGGGUUCAUAUCGAUGUGAAUGUAAAGACGGUUUUAAGAAGCAAGAUGGAGUCGACGACAAAAGCUGCAUCGAUGUAAAUGAAUGUGUAGAAAUGUCUGGACUAUGCGAGCAAAAAUGUAUCAAUUAUUGGGGAUCCUAUCGAUGCGCUUGUGAGACUGGGUUCCGUUUAAGCGAAAACAAUCGAACAUGUGAAGACAUCAAUGAAUGUGAAGUGCAUAAAUCGUACAAUCUUUGUUUGGGAGUGUGUGAAAACACGCGUGGCUCAUAUCGGUGCGCAUGCCCCGCAGGAUAUACACUCGGUACAGACGGUAGAUCAUGUCAGGACAUUGAUGAAUGUGCCACACAAAACGUAUGCACGGGCACCGAUGCAAUUUGCACAAAUGUCAGAGGUAGUUAUCGCUGCACAUAUAAAAAUUGUCCUCCGGAUUACAUGAAUGAUGCCUCACAUAAAAAUCGUUGCAAGCGAAUUUCGUUGACGUGUGAACACGGGGACCAGGAAUGUUACCGUAGACCAGCUUCAAUCACUUUCCACUUCAUCACAUUGGUUGCACAAAUGUCGUUGCCCCCAACUGGUCGAGUACUUUUUACAUACAAAGGUCCAAGUUGGUAUGAAAAUAUCGACUUUGACAUGAAAAUCGUUCACACACAAGCGCCAUCCAAUGUCCAACUGGUUAAUGAGAAAUUUUUCAGCAUGGAUAAAUUCCAAAAUGAGGCACGGCUCAGUUUGAUAGAGACUUUGGAAGGGCCACAAGAUAUUGAACUGGAAAUGAGCAUGACUGUAUUCCGAGAUGGACAACCGAGCGGAACUAAUGUCGCACGAAUAUUUAUUUUCGUAUCCGAAUUUCAAUAUUAGAGCUUCCACAGAAAAUGUCACGUCUUUUUUUAUUCAAUAGCAUAUAAUAUCAAUAGAUUUUCCUUUUUAAAACACACUGUAAGAACUAUUAAAUAAGCAUAUCUGAUUCAAAUCUAUCAUUACGUAUAAAACAAUGAAAAUAAUUUACACAGAACAAAUAAUUUCUUUUACUUAAUCGAUCGAAUUAAUUGUUUUUUUUAAAAGUGAUUCGAUAAUUUUU